AUGGAACAAGACAAUGAUAAUAAAAUCACUAGGUCUCCAUUUGUAACAAUCUCAAUUGAUGACAGCAACGAGAUCGAAGAUAAUGAACGUGCUGUUCACUAUCAGUCGUUGCCAGACGACAUUCAAUGUAUUUACACGUUUAUGGCGAAGCCAAGAGAACGUGUGAGGCUUCAAUUCACUUCUUUUCAAUUAGCGGGUACUGCGAAUCAUUGUGAAUCAGAAUAUGUGGAUGUCUACUCAGAAUUGGAAGACCCUACAGAGGACCUGCUUUCUGCGAAUUUAGAUGCUCGGUACUGUGGAACGGUUGCACCAAAUGUUCGAAUAAGUUUGCACCAAGUUCUUGUUCUUGUACUUCAUUCUCGUAUUGGUCGUCGUCGAGGUGAUCCUUUUGUUCUCGCUGGCACUUUUGAAUUCAUUCCUGAAGCUCAAUUCGUACCUGGCAUUCCAUUUGGUCCAUCCGAUGGAAAAGGAUGUGCUUUUCUUAUUGAGUCAUCAAAUAGAAAUCAAGGCACAAUUCUGUCUCCUACAUAUCCGGGUGCUUAUCCAAGCAAUUUUCAUUGCGUUUAUUUAUUGAGGGGGAAACAAGGAGAACGAAUCCGUCUUUAUUUUAAGGAUUUUGAUGUUUACUUUGGCGGCGAACAUUGUCCUUAUGACUCGUUGACCAUAUAUGACGGUGAUACAAACUCUGAACCUAUCCUACGAAAGCUAUGCGGCCUUCAACAACGUUUAGAACUUUUUUCAUUUGGCACGACAUUGUUGCUCGAAUUUAAUACUACAGAACCGCCAAAAAAUGACAUGAGAGGCUUUGCAAUUGAUUACGAAUUCUCUACUCGUUUUGUGGAUAUUGUUCGGCUUAUUGGCCCGCAGAGGAGAAUUUCACAUAUUAGAGGAUCGGAAUGUGACAUUAGGUUUCCGGAAAUGUUUCCAUUAAAUACAACAUGCACAUAUGUACUUGACGGUCUUCAAAGCGAUCAGAAUCUUGAAAAAGUGUUACUCCAUUUUGAAGCUGUUGCUAUGUCACCCUCCUCCAUUGAAAAUAUAUUGCCUUUGUCUAGUGCCCUCGCACCUAAUACCUCUAAAUCAAUGGAACAUUCUCCUUCAGGGAAUGACGAUUGCAACAAUGGUGCAUUUGUUGGUAUUGCCACAACUGCAGCAUCAAUCAAGUCAGCAUUAACCAACAGUGAGGAAAGUUCAUACGAUGCUAUUCUAUGUGAUACACUUUCGCAGGGGAACAAUCCAUCUUUCGUUAGUCAAGGACCACGCAUUGUUUUAGUUUUUAGCUCAAUGGAACAAUCUCACGAUACUUCAAAUAAAUCAUCAACGAAUCCACGUGGAUUUAGGUAUUUUGUUUCUGAAAUUAAAAUUUCCUCAUCUUCAGAGCUCGAGUGGAAUUUAAAACUGGUAAAUUUUGGUAUUGCUGGAGAAAGUAUUGGUGGAUCUAAUCGAUGUGCUUUUCGCUUUCACGAUCCCACUGGAUCAUUCAAUAGUCCACGAUAUCCAGCUAACUACCCGUUAGAUACUGAAUGCACCUAUCACAUUGUUCAUGCAAGUACUCAACAACACAUCGCAGGGAUAUCUGACAAACAAAUUUUGCUGCAUUUCAAGGUAUUUCUUAAAAAUAAUUUAAAAUUUUUUUACUUUUAUAGCAAUUCGCCUUAUUUGAGGACAAAGAGUAAAAAAUAUUUUUCUCGGAUACUUCAAAUUUUUAUCCCUUCCAGAUGCAAUGACUGGCUAAAAAUUUUUGAUGUGUUUUACGAAUCAGAUGGCUCAGAAACACUUCGACUUCAGGCACAGCAUUGUUGGAAUGUAUUCCCUGGACCAACAAUUUCAUCUUUUGGAGCACACGAAAUGCGUGUUGUUUUUCAUUCUGAUGGGUUUGGAACGGCUAAUGGAUUCGAUGCACAUUAUGAAAUUCGUGAUGCUUUUGAAGAAGAGGUCCCUCAUCGUAAGGAUAAACGCCAUUGUGGUGAAUUAAUCCAAGCAAAUGAAGAGUUGACUACUGGACAUUUUGAAUCUCCCGGCUAUCCAGUUAAAUAUGGUACAAAUAAACAAUGUGAUUGGGAAAUACGCGUUAGAUCAGGCCAUCAGGUAUUACUUCGCCCUAAUGCUUUCAAUAUUGAGGGACAGAUGACAGACGAGAAAAUUGACUGUAUGAGUGCUGUAUUUCGUGUCCAUCUGGAUAUGCAAAAUCGUAGCAGGGAUUUGCAACUUUGUGGAGAAAACAUUCAAAUGAUUCCCCCGGUAAAUUAUUUGGAAUUCUUAGUGAAUUUUGUUUUUAGAUUGUCUCCCCAUCAAAUUCUAUACGAAUGA